AUGGAAGAUUUAAGGACGUUUAUUGCAUCAAAUGUAUUUUCGGCCUACUGUUCGGAAAUGCCGAGUCUAGAGAAUUCCGGAGCUUUCAAGAGUGGAAUUGUACUUCUAGAUCUCCUGCAGAAUGCUAAACCAGCCAAUGAAAUUGAGAAGAGCCGCUUGAACUAUAUGAUGAACUUAUGUCUCAAGGAUCCCCAGCCGUUUUGUAUACCUAGGGAAUUGAGCGGUUUGGAAAGAGCAUGCAUGAUGCUGUCGUUUAAAGAAUACGAGAAAAUUGAUCUUUCUAUGUAUGGUUUCCGGUACGAACUGGUUGGAUGUGUCCCUACAAAUGAAGGGGCUUAUGGAAAUUCCAUACUGAUUGUGAGAUGUAAUGGCACAAGCAACGAAAAGAAACAUGUCUAUAGCACCGAAAAAUACAAGUUUGAAAACGAAAUUGUUCCGAGCCUAAGCGUGGGAGAACAGUCUAUACUUUUGGUGGAAAUGAUAAGGGUCUUUAAUACGGAAAUUUGCCCGGAUCUCAGAAGGUUGAAAGUCCAAGCGUACAUAGACAGAGUGCUGUUUCCAUGGAAUGAAAAAAGCGAAGUAGUGAAGAUGACAGCACACUAUUACCUCAUGAUGCUCAAUCUAGAACCAUACGACUUGGAGUUUACCCAUGAAAGAAUAACAGACUCAAUAUUUGAAAUCCCAUUUGUGUUUCAUAGUGAGUGGGAAAAGCUUCUAGGUGAUGCCUAUUACAACUGCUCUGCAUAUUCAAAAGCUCUUGUAUACUUUCAGAAAUAUAGGUGUAAUACAAAGAUCAUCAAUUGUCUAGUAAAACUUAAUAGAAAUGAUGAGGCUGUAGAAAGGGCUCUCGAGGAAGUAAGAAGUAUCGGUGAUCCCACAAGCCACGAGUCAAAGGUGAGACUGUGCAAUAUGAACAUAAUUCUUGGGAUCAUAACCGGAGAGGAGAAUUAUUUUGAUAGGGCUCUCAGCAUAUACCACUCGUACGAACCAUUAAGAGCAAAAGGAGUUUACUUUCUUAAAGCCGGAGACACCGAAAAAGCAAUAAUUUCUUUUAAAAAGGCGCUUGAAAUAGUCCCAUGGAAUACUGAAAUACAGUUUUUAUAUGCAUCUGCUCUUACAUCUGCCAAAAGGUUUUCGGAAGCAGAAGUAGUAUAUGAAAGACUGGUGGCCGAUGAUCAAAGAAAUGCAGUAUUUCUGAGGAACCUAGCCAUGUGCAGAAUCCAGCUCCAGGACAUCAAGAACGGUCUUAUUAGCCUCAAGAAGGCAUCUAUGUAUGAUCAAAAUGUGAUGGAGGCAUAUUUCCUGAUGUCGAUCAAAUACAACAUUCCUAAGGAGAUAAAGUAUUCCUUGGAAAGAGUGGAUUCUUUUGAAGGAUUGGAGGAUGGAGUAAUGUAUCUUGUUGAGAACAAAAUUCUGUGUGAAAACGAAGUGAAGUCUGCACUUAUGAGAAACGUUAGGAUCGGAGACCUGGCCGAAUCCUUGAUAAAAAGAAUAGACUCUCGGACACAUGUUUCGCUUACUCCCGCCGGAAAGCCCAAAUAA